AUGAAGGAGAACAAAAUGAAGGAGAACAAGAUGAAGGAAAACAAAAUGAAGGAAAACAAAAUGAAGGAAAACAAAAUGAAGGAGAACAAAAUCAAGGAAAACAAAAUGAAGCAAAGCAAAUUUAUUUCAUUUUGUCCCCUCAGCGAGGCACUGUCGCAUACUGAUACACGCAUACGCAACAAACCAGGCGAAUCAAUUUUUGCAAAAAUAAAGAAACAAAAAAUAUGA